CAACCACAAUUUCUUCAACGACGACACCACUUACAACAAAGGUGCCAACAACAAUGCCAGUGCUGGAGGUAUCAACCAUGAAUCCACUUUGUGGUGAGAACUACUUUGUCAACACGUCCGGAACUAUCCUGUCACCCGGCUAUAGGCAAGGGCAGUACCCGGUAGAUCUACGUUGUGUGUAUGUGAUCAAUAUUACAGGUUCCCCUAUGCUGUUCCACAUAUGGUUUGACGAGUUUCACCACUCCAGCAACCCUGCUCAGAAUUGUAUAGGGUCGGACCAGGUACGGAUCCAUACACCAGAGAACAACCAGACUUAUGGACCGUACUGUAGCACAGAAAACACCAACCCUGACGUCAUCGAGGUAGAGCGCCACGUCGCCAUUGUGGAACUGGAGACGGACUCCGUCCUUAACAACGGUAGUUUCAGGUUAAAGUACAGCGUGAGUGCCCCACCCACCACUUCAAACAGCCCAGACUACACCGCAGAAUUGCCAGACGACAAAGGUGACCCUCCGCCCAUUCAACAGGUCUCAGAAGAUGACCGCUGGCCCACGUGGAUGAUCAUCCUUAUCGCCGUGGCCGGAACCUGCCUUGUUGCCAUGGUGUUAAUCAUACUGGCUGUCAUCAGAAAAAAGCAACUGGCCGCUGCCGCUCUGAGCGGUAUGGUAUCUCGUAACAGCGAAGGAAGCGGCAAAGACGAGUGGUGGCUGAACAGGCUCUAUAACAACGUCAUACCCGAUGACGAGGGAAUUCACUCUGAAUAUGAGGAAGAUGAACCAAUCUAUGAUAAUCAAAUAUUCAAUCGACCAUAGUUGGAGGCUUGUUGAUUACCAGAAAACGAUGGAAGAAUGAUUUACGAAACUGAAUGUCGAAAGUUGGUAAUCUACAAGUCGCUGCUCGUUUCUGCAACAUUUUUAACAACAAAGCGGGUUAGCCCAUCACUUUGUUUUAUGACACGUUUAUACGAAACCGUCUAUGCAGAUUUUGUAUUUAGUCACAUGAUGUGAACAGCAGUUUUUUUUUUUUUUUUUUUUUUUUUUUUUUUUUGCAAAAGAAAUCGACAGCUUUUAUAUAUCAAACCAAGCAUGGAAUGUGCUAAUAAGUGUCGUUCAAAACGUUUGGCCAUUUACUAUUUUGAUUCUCUUCCCAAGAGAAUAUAUUGAUUCCAUAUCCACUGAAAAAUCACUAUGGUGUGCUUAGAACAAUAGAAAAUACACAGGGUUAUAUAUGGUUGUCUGAAUAUUGCUGCCAUUGGCCAGUAGUAUACGGAGUUUAGACUAAUCAAAUGAAAGGACUUGAAGAGUUGAAGAUAAUUUUCCAUUAAUCCAAAAUGGAUGUGUUCUUGAUCCUCAUUACGUGUGUCUAAAUCUUUUUGGAAAUGGACUUACGUGUAAGUGUGUCAAGUUACAGUUAUUUAAAAUAAUGUACCCAUGGGCGUGAAUGUUUUGAGUCAUCCAGUAAAAUUAUCAUCAUAAAUAAAGUUCAGACUAAUUCUGGAACUUAUGUGGUAAAACUCAACGACUAAUUGACUAAUUGCGGACUCACCCUAAGACCUUGCCCUUAGUGAUGACCUACUUGUAGAUGGACUGGUCACCCUAUUAAAUAUCAUAUGGGCUGGUCACCUGGUUUAGUGUCAUUUGAACUGGUCACCCCAUUACGUGUCAUAUGUUUGUUGAAUUUCAUAACGUAAGGUCCAGAA